CCGGCGUGCGAUCUCCUCUGCGCCACCAAACCGCCGUCGCCUGCCACCAACUCCAUAGGCCAACAACAGAGAAGAAGGCCAAACUUCGGAUCGAUCCUCCAAAAUUCAACGGAGACGACCCAUCAGACUGGAUUUACAUGGUGCAGUCCUAUUUUGACUAUUUUAAAACGUCGGAACAGGAUCGUCUACGCUUAGUUGGACUACUGUUUGAACACCGGACGUCCAAUUGGCUCCUUCACCAACACGAUAACAAUUUGGUGACAACAUGGCCUGAAUUCUUGGAGGCCGUGAUACAGAGAUUCGACCCUCCCCCAGCGUUGAAAGUGACAGGUACGAUUUCGGGGGUGUAUGUCCAAACCAUAAUAAGUGGCAGCAGUACACAUAACUUCAUCCAGCCCGAUACUGUCAAGAAAUUUAGGAUGUUGGUUAUGCCAACCAAUCCUUUCCGUGUUUCUGUGGGCAAUGAGUCGACAUUUCUAUGUAAAGAAAAGUGUUACUACGCCAAGUUAUCACUCGGAGGGGAUGAGUUUGUUGUUGAUUUAUUUGUACUCCCCUUUCGUGGUCCUGAAGUGGUCUUAGGAGUUCCGUGGCUGAAGAGUUUGGGUGAGAUUUACCGAAGCUACGACGACCAGGCGAUGGAAUUUACGCAUAAAGAUAAGUUGGUUACAUUACGCGGCGUCUGGGAGAAGGGACAACAUAUAUUUUACAAUGCAAUGAAGGAGUAGGAGUGUUUCUAAGGGAUAUAGAUCAACUAUGGAAGAAGACAUUUUGAUUAGUAUCAAGUCAUUUUUCCAUUUUUGUCAUAGUUGAUUUAUUAUUCCAUUUGCUAUCUUUAUUUGAGA